GUAUGUUCAUACAAGGGGAAAAGAAAAACGGAGCGAUAUUCGUAUUGGUGUGAGUGUGUAUUUUACAGGCAAGCAAGGAGAGGACCGAGGAGAACAUUCACAGUGGCUCUUUGUCGUACGCACCGUGGAGGAUAGACACGUACGCAGACGCGCGAAUCGGAGAUAAGAAUGCAUCGACGGCGACGGCGGUGACGUACGCUGGCGUGACGUGUGUUGGUACUCGCCAGCAGCGUGUCUGCGUAAGAGAGACUGUACGGGCGCUGAUUAGUAGGCCGGACUGUUCGUCCACUGCCGUCCCGCAGCGUGGAAUCUGGCUGAAAGAGAAAGAAAGAACGGGACAACGGCGCCUUGGGCGUACGGCUAACGGGUUAAGCCGAAUCUUGCAACUCGACAUCGUUGUCACCACCCGUGGCUGUGAGCCCGUUGCUGUCUUCGCCUCUCCUGCACGCACCGACUCCAGUCUGCAAUUCCACAGUGGCUCUAGCCUCACAGUAGUGCUCGCUAUUGCCCGUUGUGCGCGUGUGCAUGACGUAGCUAUCAUCGUGGAAGCGGCGAGGGAGCAGAUGUUGCUGCUCGGUAGUGCCAAGAGUAAGCGACACUAGACAAAGUAGUGCUGCGGUCGGCGUGCAGGAUGCACGAGGGGCUGGCGGCCUUGCGGGGCCGCGCGCGGCGAAUUAGCUGUCAAGCGCGCAGCUUCUGCAGCCGAUAGGUCGUCUACCGCGAUCACGUCGAUGCAUCGAGACCCGGCUUGACACUAGCUGCUGCCCGCCGAGCAGAGGAUCAUCGCAGGGCAGUGCAGCGGCUGUGUGUAUCUUCGUGCUAGUGCUAGUGCGGGCUCGCGUGGGUGGGCGACUACUGCUGUUGUAACGGCGGCAAUUGACGACUAGGCGACCGGGCGAAUCGACCAAGGCGUCAGAAUGUCGUCCGGAGGUCCGCGGGUGCAACUCCAACUGGACAGUGACGACGAGUUCCCGUCUCGGCGAAUGAAGCCUGGCAGUAAUAUGGGCAAUGACGUCGACGAGAUCGAGGUAAUGGAGUCGAGCCUCACUGUCCCGGGCCCGGCCAACUCCACGGAGGACCAUGGUCACGACGAUUCCACCGACGAAGACCAUAAAUCCAUGGCUGGGGAUCCACUCACAGGUUAUGAUAGUACAACUGCUCAAUAUGGCAGUGGAGGUCCUAGAACAUCAUCUGGUGUUUCAAGAAACAAAUCGGAAAAGGAAAGAAAAAUUGGACAUCGAAGAGUGGGAGUUGGAGGAGAAAUCACAUACAAAAAGAUCCAAACCACGCAAAUUAUGGGAUCUAUUCAGUUAGGCAUACAACAUGCCAUUGGUGGCCUUGCAAGUAAACCUGAACGAGAUUUACUUAUGCAGGAUUUCAUGACAGUGGAAACAACAAAUUUCCCCCAUGAAGGGUCAAAUCACACUCCAGCUCACCAUUUUUCAGAGUUCAAAUUUAAAAACUACGCACCUAUUGCAUUUCGUUAUUUUAGAGAUUUAUUCGGUAUUCAACCAGACGACUUUUUGAUGUCAAUGUGCAGUGCACCGUUGCGAGAAUUAUCCAAUCCUGGUGCUAGUGGAAGUAUAUUUUAUUUGACAGAUGAUGAUGAAUUUAUUAUAAAAACCGUUCAACACAAGGAAGGUGAAUUCUUACAGACUUUGUUGCCUGGUUAUUACAUGAAUCUUAAUCAAAACCCAAGAACAUUACUGCCAAAAUUUUUUGGUUUAUAUUGUUAUCGAUGUAAUAGUAAGAAUGUUCGGCUUGUUGCCAUGAACAAUCUUCUACCAUCAUCGGUUAAGCUUCACCAAAAGUACGAUCUGAAAGGUUCUACAUAUAAAAGAAAAGCAUCUAAGUUAGAAAGAGCAAAGAAGUCACCAACCUAUAAAGAUUUAGAUUUUAUGGAAUUUCAUCCAGAGGGUAUUUUUUUGGAAUCAGACACAUAUACUGCACUAAUUAAAACAAUUCAACGAGAUUGUAGAGUUUUAGAAAGUUUCAAAAUCAUGGAUUAUUCAUUGUUGUUAGCAAUACACAAUCUGGAUCAAGCGGCAAGAGAAAAAUCCGAGCAGAGGUUAUCGACGAGUGCAGAAGAAGAUGGAGGUGAGUCGGGUACGGAGGGUGUCGGGCGAGGCGAUAAAGUAAAAGAGAAUAGGCUAGGAGCAAUUGCAUUAAACAGAUCUCGUAGCAUAAAUCGGCAAAGGCUAGUUGCUCAUAGCACUGCUAUGGAAAGUAUUCAAGCUGAAAGUGAACCAAUUGAUGAAGAAGAGGACGUUCCACCAGGUGGUAUUCCAGCGAGGAAUGCACGAGGGGAACGUCUUCUGCUCUUUAUCGGUAUUAUUGACAUUCUUCAAAGUUACAGACUGAAGAAAAAACUCGAGCACACAUUGAAGUCGAUUGUUCACGACGGCGACACGGUAUCCGUACAUCGACCAGGCUUUUACGCUGAGCGCUUCCAAAAAUUCAUGGCACAAACUGUCUUCAAAAAAAUACCAUCACUGGACCUGCCCGAGAUUAAGGGGAACCAUCGCAAAUUCCGUAACCUCGUCACCAGCUAUAUAGCGCUGAAACAUUCUCCUUCGAAGAGGAAGAGCAUCUCAAAGCCGGUGAGACCACUAGAAGCUGACUUCGACUCAACGGCGGUGACGGCUAUCGGUAAUUCAGCUGUGCAUGUCACAUCACCCACAGAGCCCGCAGCGGCAGCAGCGGCGAGUGCGCAGCAGCAGGAGGCGACGAGCCCCACGCCGAUCGCCACCUCGACUCCGCUGGCGCCGGCUGCGGGCCCGCUGAGCCCGCCGCCGCUGCAGAGCCAGCCCCGGGGCCCCGGGGCCGAGCUGGCGACCAGCAGCAACGACAGAGCCGGCGCCAGGCCUGACGCCAGCCCGCAGUACCCGGCGGUGCUGAAGGGCAGCGCGACGCGCGCCAGCAGCAGCAGCGCCGGCUCGCCGCCCGGCGCGGGGGCCAGGGUGCCGCCGCCGGUGCCACCCCGCGGCAGCGCCAGGCCCAAGCAGCCAGGUGGCACCCUUCCUUCCACCUGUUCCACCCCGCCCCCGCCCUUCGACGACGCGGUGCGCUCGAACGACCAGACUCUGGCCUCGGGCGGCCACCACCCUCACCACCCUCACCAGCAGCAGCAGCAGCAGCAGCAGCACCACCACCAGUACCAGUACCAGCACCAGCAGCAGCAGCAGCAGCACCACCACCACCACCACCACCACCAGCAGCACCAGCAGCAGCGCUCGGGAAACACCAGCCCGUCGGUAUUGACGAGCAGCCUCGCGGGCUCGCACAAGGAGUGCGGUAAGGUGGUGCAUCACGUCAGCCUGACCAAGAGUCACCACGACGCCGUCAGCAUAUCGGACGUGCACUUGGAGAGCAGCUGCAGCGGCGGCAGCGGCGGCAGCGCCGACGGUCGGCCGACGAGGUCCUCGCUGAGCGUCGAGAGCGCCGGCAGCAGCAGCCGCGGCGGCACGGCUGGGCAGCUCACCUGGACGCCGCCCGCGGGCAGCGCCGAGGGCUCGACGCCCACCUGGACCGAGGGCACGCCCUCCUUCACCGAGAGCUCCAGCAGCGGCGAGCUAGGUUGUCCCACAACACCGCUUCACGGAAGCGAACUAUCAGAGAGAGAUGCUAAACUAUCGGGAACGGUCGAGGAAGCAUUAGUCAGUUUGACCACAGAAAUGGCUCAUUGGAGAGAACAGCUCAAAGAAAAUGAGCUUUGAGACAAAUAAAUAGGAGUAACUUUAGGCAUUUAAAGGAAAUUCUACAGCGAGAAUGAAGACAUCCCGUAAUGGUCGACAACAAGCUUAUAACAUUUCGUGCUGCAAACAUCAACGUGAACAAGAAAGGAAAAAAAUAAUACAUAAUUAAUUUUCGCGGUCCUAAGAGUGAUGAUAUUUUCCUGUCAAAUUAGAUGAAUAAUAUUGACCUGCAUAUACUCCUAUUAAAGUACAUAGACUGGAUGACGAUAGGAUAGCUAUCACUAAAAACACUCGCGGGGUAUAUUUGCAUCUUUUUCAUGCAAAGUUUAUAGGGCAAUACUAGAGUAGCAAAUGUUUUCAUUGAGCUAGUCUAUACUUGUUGAUUGUUGAAGGAAAUAUACUAAAAAAGAUGGAUUGUCGUGUCUGUAAAAGACACAAAUAUUAUUAUUUUAAACGUGGACAGUUUAUUUAUCAUACUUAAAAAAUUUAUGCUGAUUAUUAAUGAAAUACGUUGAUCAAGAUGCCAAAAAAUUUUUCAUCCUUAAUCUUGUACGUUAACAACUAAUCAUAUUUUAUUGAAUGUUCAAGAACGCAUUAUGACAUUGCAUACAUCUAUGUAAUUUGAAUUAUACAAAUAUUUGAAACGUGCAGUUUUUUAUAUUUCCAUUGUGAAAAGAGAAAUAGUUAAUAUUUCUAAGAAGUAUCUUUUAAAAAUUUUGAGUUGCAAAUAAGUAUAUUCAUAGGACAGUUCUGGUUGAAAACAUUCCAACCAACAUGUUAAAAUUUCAAGUAUUAGAUUGAAUAAUUGGAGUUGCUAAUAAAUUAUUGCCGGAGCCACGGUAAUAUCCUACAAUUCAGUGUCGCUUGAUUUUACAUAUCCUUAUACAACAAUUCUCAUGUGUACCAUGUUAUAAUAAUCAAAGCACAUGUUUUCAAUGAAAUAAACAAAUAUCAAGAAGCUUUAAAAAUAAUUGCCAGAUAAAAAUGCUUCAGUAGACAAUGUUACGUAAAUAUAUAAUAUGUAUGAUAUACUAUACAUUGUAUAUUAUAAAUAUUACACAGCUUGCGGUCGAUAAUAAUUUCGUCAUUAUUUAUAAAAACUCCAAUAUACAAAUGACCGAUUUAAAAUCAAUGGAAGUAUGUACAAUUCAUUACUUUCCACGUAUUUAUUUAUUCAAGUACUUUUUCUGAUUUUAUAUUUUUAUACUGUUUUGCAAAAUAGUUCUAAAGAUUUGUUACAUUGAACAAGUACAAAAUGCAUUGAGAGAACAUAAAAAUUUUCUUUAUUUCUAUCAAAUAUAGUAUUUUAUAUGAGUCUAUUAUAAUUUAUAAAAUGAAUGAACUCGUAAUUACAAGAGCGGAUGUAUUUUUGUUACAUAGUAUAACAAUUUAGUAAUUCACAUUGAUUUUAAAUGCGGAAUAAUGGAAGGAAACAUUUGUAAAUAUGAAUUAGUCGAUUUAUAGAAACACAGCGUGAUACAGUCGAUUUUAUUACAAAAUGAAAAUGUAAUUAUAAUAAUCAAUCAAUUCAAUGCAUAUAAUCGACUUGUAUGUAUAGUAUACGAUACUUAUACCAUUAAUAAAUAAAUACAUAUAGUAUAUUAGUAAGUAAUAUUAUUCAAUUUAUAUCAUUUGGAGCCAAAUACAAAUAAAUUAUUUAUUAUUUUAGCUUUUAUACUCCUGUUACACAUUUUGAAACAACUUUUAUAUUAUUCAAUAUUUAUAGCAUGCAGAAAUUUAAUUAUAUAUAAUAAAUUUUUUUGCAAUAAGUUAAAAAAAUUUGUUAUAAAAUUGACAGUGACAAAAAAAUGUCUUUAUACGUAUUAUGAGUGAUAUAUAACUUUAAAAAAGUUUAAUGUUGUCAUGAUUCUUUACUCGAACGAAAAUUAAAUUAAAUUAUAAAACCGCAUCUUCAUAUGAUCAAUGCCAUUUGUUUAAUUUGCAUUAUGAAUUAAUAAGGAAGCAAUUGACAUGAUUUGAUAAAAGAUGUUCUUAUUUUAUCAGCGUGAAAGAAAAUAGUUUUGAUGUGCGUGAAUUGUAAUGAAGAAUACUUUAUUUCUGACAUACGAAGUUGCAUAUAUAUAGUAUCAUUAUAUUUGAUACAAGUCACCGCAUCAUUCACACAACAUAAUUAUGGCGCGAUUAUUACUUUAAAACACAAAUAGAGUUAUAUUUUUGGCAGGCGCUAAUUGUAUACUAUACAUACAUUCAUAGAAAUACGUGAAUCUAUGUGGCUUGAAUUGAGUCUCUAUCUAUUACCAUGUAAUUAUUAUACAAAAUAUUCAUAUUCUCAAGCAUAUCUCUUUACGAAUAGUUACUAUAGUACGCGGAAAAAGCCGAAAUAACAUUUUAUUUUUUACGUUCCUUGAUUCGAUUUUCAAAAUCAUAAUACUUGCAUUUUUGUUGGGUGUAUUUAUUUUACACUCAUAUUGGCGUUACCAUAUAAAAUUACACUUUUUAUAGGGGAGUUGAUGGAUCCAUAUAAAAUAUGUAGGGUUAUCAAAGCAUACCGAUGUGCCUUGAAUAUUACAUCAUUCUCGUUCAGUUUUUAACUUAUUGUAAAUAACUUAGUAAUCCACAAUUCCUUAAGUUAAUGUGAAUGGUAAAUGACUGAAAUAUUUAUAAAAUAUUCAAAAUUGAAAGAGAAUAAUGUAAUAUUCAAGAUCAGUUAGAUUAUGUUCUUGUAAUCUGGCUAGUAUGUUCCCCCUAUGUCAGCGCAAGCAUUAGAGUUUCUCAAUUGUAUAAUGCUUUAUUUCACACUUUUGUGUUCAAUCGAACGUUGGUAUUAAUUGCAAAAAUUUGAAACCAAAAUGUUGUUCAAAUAAAUUGUAAUUAAAGAAUUAACGCUAAUGCCAUGAAUGAAUUCAUGCAGUGAAUAUUAUUAGAAUUAUGAAAACAUUUAUUGUUUGAAUUUACUAUAUAAUGAUUAAUAGAUUGAUUAGUUUGAUUAUAUAAUUCAAACAUUAUUGUUUCAUAUUCUACUCUGUCUCAUUUUUAGUUGGCAUAUAAAAAUAUACUAAAAAUAUAAGCAAAUGGUACUAAAUUUUUUGCCUUAAUUAAGUUGAUAUAUUAGCUCAUUUAUCAUCAUUUAAUAUAAUAACAAAUGAGCUAGAGAAUAACCAAAGCAGAUUUUGAUUUUCGUGUGAUUUCAUGUCAGUACAUAAUGAAUAAUAAAACAUAUUUUCGAUUUAUUCGAUUGUAAUGCAAUACAAAGAUUAUCUCGCGAUAAGGCUGCUAUCCUUUCACUAUGUCGGCAGUCGAAUAAUUGAAAUUUAUAUUAUUUGAAUUACAAAAUUAAUGUGUUUCCAAGCAUGUACUACGUGUGUUAAGAUCACUCAUGAUAUGGGGCCUGUAUUAACUCUGUAUCAUUGGGAUGUACAUAUGCUAUUUUGAACCAUAAUUUUUCUUAUUGCUAUGAAAUUAGGCUGUUAUAAAUAAAGUACUUUUAUUUUAUUGCCAAAGAAAUUAAGUUAUCGUAUAUAAAAUUAAUUAUCAUCUAGUUACAAUGUAAAUUGCUGAAAAAGCCCUAUAAUUUAUGGUAGUAGAAACUAUAUUUCUCUCUUAAUUCAUAAUUAAUCAACAAAUAUCGCUCGACAUCUCAAUGUUACUAUUGUCUAACGAAUUGUAAAAUACUCGAACUGAUCAUCUCUGUCAUUUAUAAUUACACAUGAAAAGCCCAAGAAUUGUUGUUAUUGAAAAAAAAGAAAUAAAAUGAAGUGCAAACUAAUGUAAACAUAAUUUUGGUUGUAUCAAACAAAGUGAUUUUCCUUAAAUUAU